AUGGACGACGAGGAGCCACUCAACAGGCACUUGUUCUGGCUGCCUGCUCAGGAGUGGCACCAUCGCAGGGCCAAACUGACGCCUGCAUUCAGCUCCGGCAAACUGAAAGGCCUGUUCCAGUAUAGAUUUCAAGUGGGCUGUGCUGAACAGCUGAUCCAGGAAUGCGGCCGAGAGCUGGCUGAAGUAGCGGCGGAGAUGGCGAGUCGCGGAGACCCUGUGGAGGUGCGCGAGGUGGCGGCCCGCUUCACGACUGACGCCAUCGUCUCGGUAGGCUUCGGCCUCUCGUCGGACUCCCAGCGAAACCCCAACUCCGUGUUCCGCGACUGGAGCAGCAGGGCGUUCGCAACCGGUCUCGUGUCGAGUCUCAGCGUCAGACUGAAUUUCAUGGCUCCACGGCUGGCCAGCUUACUGAGGAUAAAGGGUAGCUUCAAAGAAGCUAGCAUCCCUUUUCGGAAAAUGAUAGCAGACAAUGUAGAAUACAGGGAGAAGAACAACGUGACCAGGAACGAUUUUUUUAAUCUUCUCAUGCAAAUUAAAAAUAAAGGAUUCGUUGAUGGAGACAAACCGCAAAUAGGAAAAAAUACGGAACGAAUCGUAACAGAAUCAAAACAUUACGCCACUACAGAUUUUUCAUUGGAGGACCUGGCGGCAGAAUGUCUUGGCUUCUUCGCUGGGGGCUUCGAGACUUCGGCGUCCACAAUCAGCUACAGUUUAUACGAACUGGCGCUGCAUGAGGACAUCCAAAGUAAUCUGCAGCUGGAGAUAGACUCUGUGCUGCAGCGACAUGACGGCAAUAUUACGUACGACGGCAUAGCGGAGAUGUCCUAUCUGGACAAAGUGGUGUCUGAGACGCUCAGGAAGUACCCUCCGCUGUCUUUCCUGAACCGCGACUGCGUGCAGCCCUACAGGAUCCCGGACAGCAACGUCGUCGUGGACAGAGGAACGGGAAUCCUCGUCAGCCUCUUCGGCCUCCACUACGAUCCGGAGCACUUCCCUGACCCAGAGCGCUACGACCCCGAGAGGUUCUCAGAAGAGCAGAAGGCCAAGAGGAACCCUUACGUGUACCUGCCAUUCGGGGACGGGCCUCACAUCUGCAUUGGUAAGAGACUCGGUUUGCUGCAGACCAAAGUGGGACUUGUGAACAUCCUGUCCAAGUGCAGCGUGCGACCUACGGAGAAGACGACCAGGCACGUCACCUACAACAGCAGAGGUGUAAUGCUCGCGCCCACAAAGGAAAUCGAACUGAAAUUUGUGAAACGAUGAUUGGAAAUUCAGUACCAGCCAGACAGAAUCUUAAAGACACUCUGUGACUGAAUCGUCUGAUUACUUUGCAGCAGUACUGUUUUUAAUAAUAAAAUACACUUACAAAACCAUUUUCACACAUUUAUACCGAGAGAUUUUUAUUCAAGAAAUACGUCGCGAAAGACUUCGUAGCCACACAUUUAUAUUGUUCCUCCCAUUACGGACCGAGUGUCGCCAAAGUUUACAGUGAUUGCUGCACAGCGCUCAACGCAGGCUCAGCUCUCGUAUUCAGAUCACUGAACUUUCUCUCUGCCUCCACAAGCAGAUUGUACCAUUCUGGAAAGAAACCGUAACUUUUUGCAUGAGUGCACAAUGUUUUCAACUCACCUGUCCGUGACUAAAAAUAUUAUUGGUUUAGUUAACUGCAUCAGAUAAGACUUCUGUAUCCAUCAUUCAACCAUACCAAGCUUUACCAGUGUAGCUUCUAACAACUACUUCUUAUAUAAGGGCAGUCCAAUGAAAAGGUGAGAGGUUGAAAAAGUAAGUAAACUGUUUAUUAUUUCAAAAUUAAUGGCGAUAACUGUUAAUAAAUUCAUCACACUGUGAAACAAGGGGGUCAAUACCCUCAUUGAAAAAUGUUUGCUGUUGCCUACGAAGCCCUGAUUGAACCCAGGCGUCCACCACUCUGUCCGAAGCAAAUCGCCGACG